CCCUACUCCAUCGCAUGCCGCCUUCUUCACCAACGAGAGUAUCUCAAGUAAAAUAUAUAUUAAUGUUUUUCACUAAUGACACUGUGUUCCAUAUAAAUAGGUGACAUCAUUUAAUUCACUAGCAGCAACAUCCACAUGAUUUCUCGAUUUCCUUAUUAGAGUAUAAAUUCACAAAAGAGUUCGUUAUAGAAUAAUUGCAAACAAUCCAAAUUCUUUCGACCGUACUUCAAGUUACGGGACGAACCAGAAUUUGAUAUUUUUCCGACAAUUUACCUUUAUUAUUUGAUAAAAAUAUACAGAGAGAGAAGGAUGCCCUUCAAACAAGUACUACUACUAUAAUACUAAACCAAUCUCCAUUUCCUUCCACCUUCCUCUAAAUUCCACUCCCUCUCUCACAAAAUCCUAACACCAUUAAUUUCUCUUCUUCAUCUCUCUCACUUCAUAAAUAAAAAAAUCCAUCAUCCAAUUUGUUAAUUUCCUGUGGCAUGGGAUUGAGCAAUCAACCACUUGACUGGGGCCAAACGCUCCUCCCCUCCGAGCCGUCGAAACCGCCCCCAAAUCGCCGGCAACAGCCGCAGACGGAGGCCUUAAAGUGCCCUCGAUGCGCCUCCACCAACACCAAAUUCUGCUACUACAACAACUACAACAAAUCCCAGCCGCGCCACUUCUGCAAAUCCUGCAAGCGCCACUGGACCAAAGGCGGCACCCUCCGCAACGUCCCCGUCGGCGGCGCCCGCAAAAACAAACGCCCCAAGCCUUCCAAAUCCGCCGCCGUCAAGCACACCGCUGCCGCCGCCGCCGGUGGAGAGAAAAACAUAUCUACCAUUCUUUACCAAGCGUUGAUCGGGCGCUCCUCCUCUUCUCCGGCAAUGCAUGAAGCGACCUCGUCGAGAGUGUCCCCUUUCACCGGAGGAAAUGUGGCUCAGGUUAUUCCGGCUACGGAAUUUCAAUUCACGAGUUCAAACAUGAAUGGUUCGAGUUCGUAUGGAUUUGAUCAAUUCGCCGAGGAGUCGACGAUCACCACCGUGAAUGCUCCGGUCAGCGGCGGAGGCGGGGGAUGGGAGAUGGAUUUGCCUAGUUAUUGGAGCUGGAACGACGUCGAUGUGUUGGGAUCAUCAGGUGAUCUGAGUGUGUCUUGGGAUGAAGUGAUCAAACCCUAAAUUAAAAUUCAGUUUGGUAAUAGGUGAAUAAUUAAGAGUAUAAUAAUAUUGCCCUAAUUUUAAGAGUUGUGACAGUUAAAUUUGUAUUUAUCAUAGUAGUAGUUUGUGGAAGCUGUCCUUUUUAGAAUCAGCUUCGGAGGUACGUACGAGACAUAUUUAAUGUGUCGUUUGUUUGUAUUUUUCACUCUUGAAAUGGAAUGAAUUCAUGUGAAAUUUGGAUUGUUUGUGAUUUGUGAAAGAGAGAAUGGAGGAAAUGGGGCCUGCUACAGCGAGGAAGAUUCUUUUGGAUAUGUAUGUUUGUAUAGAAAUAUAUGUUCGCCAUUUUCAGUCUGGAUUU